CCCGAGACGCGCCUGACGCGGACCCUAAAUCCUGGCAGAGCUUUAUGGAGCCCAGUUCUGGCAGGCUUCCAGGACUUGAAGCCACCAGACCGCACAUGGAACCCAGGGCCACGUGUUCAGCUGCUGCACCCUUGGUGGAGAGACAGUUCCGUGUUCUUGUGGGUGUCACUGGGAGUGUUGCAGCCCUGAAGUUGCCUCUUCUGGUGUCAAGGCUUUUGGACAUUCCUGGCCUGGAAGUAGCAGUGGUCACAACCGAGAGAGCCAAGCAUUUCUACAGUCCCCAGGAUGUUCCUGUCACCCUCUACAGUGACGCUGAUGAAUGGGAGAUGUGGAAGUGCCGAUCCGACCCGGUUCUCCACAUUGACCUGCGGAGGUGGGCAGACCUCAUGCUGGUAGCUCCUCUCGAUGCCAACACGCUGGGAAAGGUGGCCAGUGGCAUCUGUGACAACUUGCUUACCUGUGUCAUCCGGGCCUGGGACCGCAGCAAGCCCCUGCUCUUCUGCCCGGCGAUGAACACCGCCAUGUGGGAGCACCCCAUCACCGAGCAGCAGGUGGGCCAGCUCAAGGCCUUCGGCUAUGUCGAGAUCCCCUGUGUGGCCAAGAAGCUGGUCUGUGGAGACCAAGGUCUGGGGGCCAUGGCUGAGGUGGGCACCAUUGUGGACAAAGUGAAAGAAGUCCUCUCCCAGCACGGUGGCUUCCAGCAGAAUUGAACCUGGGGAUUUCUGUCACGCAUGUCCCUCUGAACUCAGGUGUUUUCAGGCCAAGUCGGUGAAGAAGGUGGACUUUGGCAAAAUAUGGUGAAGACUUCCGCAUUUGCUGAGUAGUGGUCUGGCCUGGGCCUGCUCGGGAGCCUCCCCAGGAGCCUGACCUGCCCCAGGUUAAACUAGACCAAAGGCCCAGGUCCCAACUUCUUUCAACCAAGAGACACCCGCUUUCUGGAGUUCCUCCCCACCUUUCCCUGGGAUGGGCACAGCAAGCCAGGGGAGCAAGCUGCUGUAUUGUUCCUGUGCUCUGGGAAGGGGACUUAGGAAUGACUGAGAAACCUUGAUCCAACGUUGUGCCCAGGAACUGCUUUUAGAAAGAGCCACAGCUGGAGAUCCCCAGACCUUUGGAGCUUCAGCUUCUUGGUGGGGUGCAAGGAAGACUGCGAGUUGGCAAGACCCUGAGAUUUCCCACAGACCGUGCUGUGAGAUCGGGGGUACUGAGAAUAAAGAAAAGUGACUCUUUGGGAGACUCUGUCCUUCCUUUAGAGCCUCUCUGUGGUCUUAGAGAUCCGGGGCCGGGGAAGGGUCUAGGCUGGCAAUUGACCGACACUCCUUAGUUCCCAUAUCGUAUGGCGGGUAAGGGCAAAGGGUUCGGAAGCCAGACAGUCCCUAGUUCAAAUCCCAGCUCGGCCGCAUACUAGCAGUGGGACUGGGGCUCAGGGCUCAGCCUUUCUGACCCUCACUUUCCUCGUGAAGUUGUUGAGAGGAUUAAAUGAGAUAAUGUGUGCAAAAUGC